AUGAGGCAAGCAUUCUCCCCGACCCAGAUCCAGCGCGCCCAAUUUUCCCGGCUGCUCCAGCCGGACAGCUUGCCGGCCCUGCGGACCCUGAUACUCCUAGGAGAGUCUGCAAGCCGUGCCGAGUUGGAACGAUUAUGGGGCCAUUUUCGCAUCAUCAACGCGUACGGCCCUGCCGAGUGCACGACUCAUGCUACGAUAAACGCAAAGGCAAGCUCACCGGACAUGGCCAUGGGAAUUGGUGAGGGCAGGGGAGCUGUGACUUGGGUUGUGGACCCGGAUGACUAUACGAAACUUGCACCUCUUGGAGCUAUCGGGGAGCUCCUGCUGGAAGGGCCAAUUCUAGCUCGAGGAUAUCUCGACAAUCCACAGAGGACAGCGGCCGCGUUCAUUCGAGACCCGCCGUGGUUGCUCCGAGGCACCUCAGGAUACCCGGGCCGGCGCGGCCGGCUCUAUAAGACGGGAGACCUUGUGCGGUGGGGCGCGGAUGGCAGCUUAAGUUUUGUCGGGCGCAAAGAUACCCAAGUCAAGAUCAGGGGUCAGCGACUGGAACUCGGCGAAGUGGAACACCAUGUGCGGGAGUGUGUGCCGUCAGCCAGCCAGGCGAUUGCGGAAGUGGUGGAGCUCGGCGGCGAGAAGCAGAGGACGAUGCUAGCCGUGUUUAUGACUUACCAAGACCAGCAUGAAGGCGGCCCCGUGCCAUGCCGCCCGGGGCAGGCCGCAGCCGACGUCCAAGUCAUGCGCAUGGAAGCUGACGUCGAAACGGCCCUCUCACGGCGCUUGCCAACAUAUAUGAUUCCCGCAGUGUAUCUCCGGGUUGCCGCAAUGCCACUGACGGCGUCGGGGAAGACGGACCGGAUACGGCUACGCGAAAUGGGGUCCAUGCUGUCGGCACAGCGGCUGGCCGAGCUGCACGGGGCGACCGGGGACGGGGGCAAACGGCGGCAGCGGACCUCGGCGGAGCGGUGCCUGCAAGGCAUGUGGGCCAAAGUCCUCGGGGUCGACGCAGGCACCUGCAUCGGGUUGAACGACGACUUCUUCCGCCUUGGAGGCGACUCGAUUAGGGCCGUGGAGCUGGCCGGAACGGCUUGUAAGGCCGGGCUUUCGCUGGCAGCGGCCGACGUCUUCCGAUAUCCCACCCUGGGCGCGCAAGCCCGGCUCCUUGGCGGCGCCAUGGGCAAUGAGACUAUACCGCCAUUCUCGCUGCUCGGAAGCAAGCGGGCGGUCAAGCAAGUCUGUGAGGAUCUUGCCGCCCUCUGCGGUAUUCAGGCAUCGCAUAUCCAAGAUGCCUACCCGUGUACACCGCUCCAAGAGGGCCUGCUAUCGCUUACGGCGAGGCGCGAGGGCGACUAUGUCAGGCAGGCCGUGCUAGAGCUAUCUCACGACACUGAGCCAGCCGCUCUCAGAGCUGCGUGGGAAGAAGCCAUCCGUUCCAUGACUUUGCUACGCACAAGGAUCGUACCAUACAAUGAGACCGGCUUCCUGCAGCUGGUUACAGACGAACAGAUCCACUGGAUUGAGGCGACGGGGCUCGACCAGUAUCUCGACGCCGAUAGGAAACAGCCAAUGGGUCCGGGCCAGCCUCUCGCACGCUAUGCAACAGUCAGUGACGACACAGGAACGCCUCGGUGGUUCGUGUGGACGGUACAUCAUGCGCUCUACGACGGCUGGUCCAUGAAUCUCAUCAAACACGCCGUGGACCGAGCAUAUCAGGGAGCGUCAAUCGACCCGGGGCCUCGUUUCCAAACAUUUAUCAAGUACAUUCAAGACAAACACGCCGACGAGACCAUGUCGAAUUAUUGGCGACGCACCCUGACCGACUGUGAGUGUGUACCGUUUCCGACCCUGCCGCCAACCAUAGAGCAGCCGGUGGCAGACGAAGUAGUCGAGCACCGGUUCUCGCAACCCCGACGACGCUCUCGGACUACAACCAUGUCGACUCUGGUUCGUGCUGCGUGGGCUCUCAUCGCCGGCAGGAUGGCCAAUUCGGACGACGUUGUGUUUGGCGCUACAGUAUCUGGAAGAAGCGCGCCAGUUUCUGGCAUCGAGGCGAUGGCGGCUCCGACAAUUGCAACGGUUCCGCGGCAGUCAACAGACAUGAUGCCGUUUGAGCAGGCAGGCCUACACCACAUCUCCAAGAUAUGCCCCGGGGCACGGCAAGCAUGCAUGUUCCAGACGCUGCUCGUCAUCCAACCCCAGGAGACGAGCUUCAACGCCCAGGGCGUGCUCGGCAAGUGGCAGCAUCUUAAUUGCGGUCGCCAGCAGGGACUGGGCACGUAUGCGCUCACGCUUGAAGUACACCUUGAAGCCGACACGAUUACUGCUUCAGCCACCUUUGACCCGAGGGUGAUGGAGCCAUGGGUGAUCCACAUGUCGCUGAAACGGCUCGAAUACGUCAUGUAUCAACUCGAUGACGCAGACCCAAGGCAUGUGCUGGCGCAAGUUGACAUCGCCACGCCCGAGGAUCUGGAACGGAUCUGGGAAUGGAAUAACACGGUCCCGGCAGCAACGCAAAGAUGUAUCCACGAGAUGAUCGAGGACAGGGUUCAAGCCAAGCCCACGGCACCCGCCGUGUGCUCAUGGGACGGCGAGCUGGUCUAUGGCGAACUCAACCGCCUUGCAACGAGGCUGGCUGUCCGGCUUCUCGACCAUGGCAUCGAGCCCAAUACCGUAGUCCCGCUCUGUUUUGAAAAGUCCAUGUGGGCCACGGUUGCGAUGCUCGGCGUGCUCAAGGCGGGUGCCAACGUUGCGCUACUCACUCCAUCCGUUGCGCAGCUUCUUCUCUCUCCAGCACAGACGCCUGAGUUGAAGACGAUCCUUUUCGGCGGAGAGGCGUUGCGCAUACAAGACGUCAGCCCCUGGUGGGGGAGAGCGCGGGUCAUGAAUCUCUACGGACCGAGUUGCGUCGGCGAGCUUCUUCUCGAAGGCCCCCUCGUCGGUCGCGGUUAUCUAAACGACCCGGAAAACACUGCAGCGGCGUUUAUCGAGGACCCGGCUUGGCUGCUUCGGGGAGCCCCGGGCCAGCCGGGACGACAUGGGCGACUCUACAAGACGGGUGACUUGGUCCGGUACAACGAGGAUGGGAGCCUGGCUUUUGUUCACCGGAAGGAUGCGCAGGUCAAGAUCCGCGGCCAGCGCGUAGAGCUGGGGGAGGUCGAGCACUGGAUCCGGAACUGCAUCCCGGAAGCAACGCGAGUUGUCGCUGAAGUGCUUGGUAGUGAAACGAUGGAACCGGAUGAGCUCGACGCCCCUACGGUCAAGAUGCUCCCCGUGCCCACAGAGGUCGAGGGCGAGUUGGCCAAGCAUCUUCCCAGCUACAUGGUGCCAACGGUCCUCUUCUCCAUGAGAGAACUGCCGAUGACGGCUACGGAAAAGAUGGACCGGAAGCAGCUUCGCGAAAUUGGCUCGUCGUUUUCCAUGGGGCAACUGGUCGACAUGGGACGAAGACCGAAGCGGCAGCCGUCUGGCGAGGUUGAGCAGCGUAUGCAGAGUAUCUGGGCCCAGGUGCUCAACAUGGACGCAUGCAGCAUCGGGUUGGGCGACAGCUUCUUCCAGCUCGGAGGCGACUCGGUCGCGGCCAUGAGAGUGGUCGCUGCGGCCCGCGAGGCGGGGAUUUCGCUGACAGUGGCGGACAUCUUUGGACAUCCCACGCUCGCUGCGCAGGCCCAGACCAAGAGAAUUGUGGCCAGCGGCAGCAUGGAGACUAUACCACCAUUCUCGCUCCUCGGAAGGGGACGGGCAGCCAUGCAUCAGCAGCUCUGCGAGGAUCUUGCCGCGCUCUGUGGCCUAGAGGCGUGGCAGAUCGAGGAUGCCUACCCAUGUACGCCACUGCAGGAGGGCUUGCUAUCGCUCACGGCCAAGGGCGAGGGCUCAGCCAACUUCGUCAUGCAGGCCACCCUCGAGCUAUCCGAGGCUGUCCAACUUGACGCUCUCAGAGCAGCGUGGGAGGACGUGGUUCGCUCGACGGCCAUCCUCCGUACCAGGAUCGUGCAGCAUCAAUACCUCGGGCUUGUGCAAGUGGUAUGCAGAGAAGACGUUGAGUGGAUUCUGGCCACGGAGCUCGAGGGCUACCUCGACAAGGACAGGCUGGUACCGAUGAGGCUGGGCAGCCGCCUAUCACGACUUGCUCUCGUCAGGGGCGGCACGAUCGAGCCCCGGCGGCUCGUAUGGACUGCACACCAUGCGUUAUAUGACGGGUGGUCGUGGCCCCUGACGAUGGACGCCAUCAGCCGCGGCUACCAAGGCCACGCAAGAGGCAAGCAAGCCGGCUUCAAUGCCUUUGUCAAGCACGUAACGAGCCUGAACAUGGCUGAGGCCGAGUUAUUCUGGCGCUCGUACUUGGCGGGCGGCGAUUUCGCCCCGUUCCCCGCCCUGCCGGCGUCGGUGACGGAGCCAGCAGCGGACGCAACCUUGGAGGCCGACUUCACGUUCGACGCCAAGACGGGGUUGACGGCGUCGACGCUGAUGCGCGGGGCCUUGGCCGUUGUCAUCAGCCAGCAGACGGGUUCGGCAGACGUGAUAUUCGGGGCCGUCGUGUCCGGCAGAAGUGCACCCGUGGCAGGCAUCGACAACCUCGUUGGGCCGACAAUCGCGACGGUGCCCGUUCGAGUGCGGGUGCCAAGGGAGCAGCCGGCCCGGGACUACCUCGAGACGGUGCAGCGGCAAGCGGCAGAGAUGAUUCCGUACGAGCAGACAGGCCUGCAGCACAUCGCCAGGAUAAGCGAGAGCGGCCGAGCCGCAUGUCGCUUUCAGACCCUCCUUGUGGUGCAACCCCCUAGCGGCGGGCUGCCGGCCGACGUGCUCGGGACAUGGCGCAGGCCAUCCGUUCAACGUGGAUUUUCCACGUACGCCGUGACGCUGGAAUGCCUCGUGGGAAGCCAGGGAGUGACGCUGAGGGCGAGCUUCGACACGAGAGUGGUGGAUAGGUGGUCGGUGGACAAGUUGCUGCAGCGACUCGGUGCUGUCCUGGAGCGGCUGUCCCAGGCUCGGCCGGACCAGUCUGUCGGGGACAUGGGUAUGCUAACAACAGACGACGAAAGGACCCUGUGCGAGUGGAACAGGUCGGUGCCGGCUGCAGUCGAGAGGUGCGUCCACAAUGUCAUCGCCGAGCAUGCCGGGUCGCAGCCAGAUGCCCAGGCAAUCCAUGCAUGGGACGGCGAGCUGAAGUAUGGCGAGUUGGAUGAGCUCUCGACACGGCUUGCCUGCCAUCUCGUCGAGCUCCGGCUUGGACCGGGCACAUUUGUGCCGCUAUGCUUGGAGAAAUCCAUGUGGACCGUCGUGGCCAUGCUUGCCGUCCUCAAGGCCGGCGCUGCCUUCGUCCUAGUCGACCCUGCCUUACCCGACGACCGGCUCCGAAGCCUCUUCCGGCAUGUGCACGCUGCAGUUUGCAUCACGUCCCCCCUCUGCGAAGGCCGCGUUUCUGCUUUGACGCGCCAGACGGUCGUGCUCUGCAAGCAGGCGUUGAGGUGGCGGAAACACAAGACUUUGCCGUCGCAGAUGCACAAGCCAAGUCCAAACAACGCUGCCUAUGCCAUCUUUACAUGGGGAAGCACCGGGGGUCCUAAAGGCUACGUCGUUGAGCAUCAAUCCUACUGCUCGGCCGCUCUCGGCCAUGGAGCAGUCAUGGCCAUGAGCAAGAGCACGCGCGCUCUGCAACUUGGCUCCUAUGCCUGUACUGCAGCCAUCACGGAGAUGGUCAUGACGCUCAUCCGCGGCGGCUGCAUCUGUAUCCCAUCCGAAGAGGACCGUGGCCCCGGCUUGGCACGGGCAGUCGACAGGCUGGGCGCCAACUGGGCCCUUGUCACCCCGACUAUGCUAGCAACCCUUUCUCCGGAGCAUGUGCCGUCCCUGCGGACAGUCUGCGUUGGCGGCGAGCCUAUCCGGAGGUCCCAGAUCAGCGAGUGGGCACCAAAGGUUCACUUGCGGCAGACGUAUGGCAGUGCGGCGACCUGUGCUGCUGUCUCCUCCUCGAAGCUGGAUGCAUCGUCGGCACCCACGGACGUUGGCAGGGCAGCGACCGCUCGGUGCUGGAUCGUCGACCCUGCGAAUCCCAACCAGCUGAUGCCGAUAGGUGCUCCUGGUGAGAUUGUUCUCGAAGGGCCCGCAAUGGGACGCGAGUAUGUGCAUGAGCCGGACGACUCAUCCGCCACCAGUGUUGCCCCGGUGCCGUCCUGGAGGGCUUCGUUUUCCGCAGCUUGCGGAACGGCGUCACACUUCUAUAGGACAGGUGACUUGGCAUCGUACGGAAGCGACGGGUCAAUCCAUCUCCUCGGAAGCAAAGACAUGCAAGCCCAGCGCCGAGGCCGGGGCGUGGACAUGGCCGAGGUCGAACAUCGAGCAAGGCUGUCAACGCCGGAUGUAAAGGAGGCGGUCGUGGAAGUCGCUCCUUGUCUGGCUGAGAAUGGCCAGGGAACAAGCACUGAGCUGAUUGGGUUCCUCCUUUUCGACCUGGACGACGGGCUAGAGAAGGGGGCUGAUGGAAGAGAGGGCGGCCAUGACAAGCGGAUAAGUCUAGCAAUCCAAAGGGUUCGAGACAGGCUAGAGGCUGAGCUCCCGUACUCUCUGGUUCCAUCUAUCCUGGUUCCUAUAUCAAAGCUCCCGCUGACCAUGUCGGGAAAGACGGACCGCAGGCGGCUACGCGAGGUGGCGUCGGCACUGUCGGCGCGGCAGCUGGCCGAGCUUCGGACGGCGUCAGGAGGAGGCGGACGGCAGCAGCAGCAGCGGACCGAGAUGGAGCAGUGUCUUCAAGGCCUCUGGUCGCAGUUGCUCGGCAUCUCCUUGGGCAGCAUCCGGCCAGACGAUAGCUUCUUCCGGCUUGGAGGCGACUCGAUCGGGGCCAUGAGACUGGUCGCGGCGGCCCGCAAGGCUGGAAUUGAGCUGGCCGUGGCCGACAUAUUCCGCCAUCCCAGGCUGCAUCACAUGGCGAGCCACGCGGUUCCGUUGCCUGGCGGUGUCGUCCAGGGCAUUCCAAAGUCUCAGCAGGAUGGGCCCAUGGAGCAAUCGUUUGCCCAAGAGCGGCUGUGGUUCCUGGACCGGCUGCGACCCGGCUUGACCUGGUUUCUGGUGCCGUGCGCAGUACGACUCCGAGGACCGCUUCGGCUAGACGCUCUCAACGCAGCACUCCUUGCGUUGGAGAGACGCCACGAAUCGCUGAGAACGACUUUUGCCUCCCUCGACGGUGUCAACACACAGACCGUCCACCCAUUCCGGCCAAGGGAUUUGAAUGUGGUCGACAUACAGCCGCUAGGAGACGGCGACGCUCUCGUCGAAGCAUUGCAACAACACCAGUCAACUCCAUUCGAUCUGCUGACGGAGCCAGGUUGGAGAGUCUCCGUCUAUCGGAUGGGAAGCCAUGACCACGCCCUAUCCAUCGUCAUGCACCACAUCAUCUCCGAUGGCUGGUCUAUCGAUAUCCUCCGGAGAGAGCUGGCCGCGUUUUACUCGGCCGCCAUCCGCGGCCAAGACCCGCUCUCGCAAGUUAGACCUCUCCCCAUCCAGUAUCGUGACGCCUCCGCGUGGCAGAAGCAGCAAGACUAA